AUCUAUUCAAUAAUGAAGCUUCAUUGGUUACGAUGUUUUCUGAAGUAAAGGAAUAUCCAUAUCACGUUCUACUGCCCUUUUUCUUCUCUCACUACUGUUCUUAUUCUUCUUGUGAUGCACCAUCUAACCUUACCACUUUUCACAAGUCAUGUGUCUCCUUUACUCUACCAAGUCUUGUUCAUUGCUUCUUGUGUUGUGGCUAUGAAAAGAAGUGAAAGACUACCUCAUAUAAAAGAGUUGUUGUGUUAACAACAUGGCUAAGCUUUCCCCUCUUGAAGAGACCCUUCUAAACGGUGACUCCAGUAAGACAAAAGGAAAUGAAAAUUUAACCCAAAAUUCAAAUGCAGGAUUUUUCAAUAUUCUCACUUUCUCAUGGAUCAGUCCAUUAAUAACAGUAGGCAAUGAGAGGACUUUAAACCAUGAAGACAUCCCACGUCUUGGUACUGGUGACAGUGCCUAUGGGAUUUUUCAAACUCUUAGAAGCAAAUUAGAGUCAGAGUGUGGUAGUGUUAGGAAUGUGACAAGUCUUAAGCUGGCCAAGGUUUUAUUCUUGUCGACAUGGCAAGGGAUCUUCUUAUCAGGUUUAUUUGAAUUCUUGUCUACGUGUGCUUCUUAUGUAGGACCCUUUCUUAUUGAUAUCCUUGUUCAGUACCUCAACGGAGAACACAUGUUUAAAAAUGAAGGAUAUGUUUUGACUGCGGCAUUUGUUGCUGCAAAGCUUUUGGAGAGUCUUGCAGACAGGCACUGCAUGUUCAGGUUUCAGCAGGCUGGGGUUCAAAUUCAAUCAAAGUUGGUGGCAAUGAUCUAUGCUAAAGGUUUGACUCUUUCAUGUCAAUCAAUGGAGGUUCAUAGCACAGGGGAAAUCAUCAACUUAAUGACUGUUGAUGCUUCAAGGAUUGGAGAAUUUUGUUGGUAUAUGCACCGACCCUGGAUGUGUGUUUUGCAAGUUGCUCUCGCCUUGUUGAUUCUCUAUAGAAGUGUAGGGGUUGCUUCAAUAGCUGCUCUUGGUGCGACUGUGAUUGUAAUGUUGCUAAACCAUCCCGUGGCAUCAUUGCAAGAAAAGUUUCAAGGCAAGGUAAUGGAGUCCAAAGAUAAAAGAAUGAAGGCUACGUCUGAGAUUCUUAAGAAUAUGAGGAUUCUAAAACUGCAAGCAUGGGAGAUAAAGUUCUUAUCAAAGAUUAUUCAGCUUAGGAAAACGGAGGAGAUAUGGCUGAAGAAAUUUCUCGCUGGCUCAGCAGUUGUUAGAUUUGUCUUCAAUAGUGCCCCCACUUUUAUCGCAAUGGUUACUUUUGGUACUUGUGUUCUUGUAGGCAUCCCACUUGAAUCAGGAAAGGUCUUAUCAGCACUUGCAACAUUCAGAAUUCUUCAAAUGCCUAUCUACGCUCUUCCUGACACGAUUACAAUGAUUGCACAAAGUAGGAUUUCUCUUGAAAGGAUUGCAUCAUUUCUUCGUUUAGAAGAGUUGCAGACUGAUGUAGUAGAGAAGCUUCCUUGGGGUAGUUCUGAUAAGGCAGUUGAAUUAGUAGAUGGAAAUUUCUCAUGGGAUUUAUCUUCCUCUAAUCCAACAUUGAAAAACAUCAAUCUCACAGUUUUUCAUGGUACGAGGGUUGCUGUAUGUGGUACUGUUGGAUCAGGAAAGUCUAGUUUACUUUCUUGCAUUAUAGGGGAAGUCCCAAAGAUAUCUGGGAGUCUGAAAAUAUGUGGAACAAAGGCCUAUGUUUCUCAAUCACCAUGGAUACAGAGUGGCAAGAUAGAAGAGAACAUAUUGUUUGGUAAAGAGAUGGACAGGGAAAAGUAUGAGAGGGUGCUAGAAGCAUGUUCCUUGAAAAAAGACCUUGAGAUUCUACCAUUUGGAGAUCAGACCAUUGUUGGAGAGAAAGGGAUCAAUUUGAGUGGUGGACAGAAGCAAAGAGUGCAAAUAGCGCGUGCUAUAUACCAAGAUGCUGAUAUAUAUCUUUUUGAUGAUCCAUUCAGUGCGGUGGAUGCUCAUACGGGAUCUCAUCUUUUUAAGGAGUGCUUGCUUGACCUUUUAAAAUCCAAAACUGUGAUAUACGUAACCCAUCAAGUAGAAUUCUUACCUGAUGCUGAUCUAAUACUGGUCAUGAGAGAAGGAAGAAUAACUCAAUCGGGAAAAUUCAAUGACAUUCUCAGGUCAGGGACCGAUUUUAUGGAACUUGUAGAUGCACACAGAGCAGCUUUAUCUUCAUCAAUUAAGUCCUUAGAGAGAAGACCAACAUUUAAACAACCAAGUUCCACCAAGGAGAACAAAAAUUCAUUAACUGAUUUUGAAUAUGAGGAAAAUGAGGAAAACAUACAUGAUAAGAAGGAUAAUAAAGAUGACAGAAAUGAAUCAAAAGGACAACUUGUUCAAGAAGAAGAACGGGAAAAGGGUAUAGUUGGGUUUAAUGUAUACUGGAAAUACAUCACAACAGCUUAUGGAGGAGCUCUUGUGCCCUUCAUAUUACUUGCUCAGAUACUCACCGUGGGUUUUCAAAUUGCAAGCAAUUACUGGAUGACAGUGGCAACUCCUGUUUCAGGAACUGCUGAACCUGAUAUUGGAAGCCUUACACUUAUGCUUGUCUAUGUCGCAUUGGCAAUCGGAAGUUCAAUUUUCACCCUUGCCAGAGCAUUUAUUGCUGUGAUAGCUGGAUAUAAAACAGCCACUGUGCUCUUCAAUAAAAUGCAUUUCUGUGUUUUUCGAGCACCAAUAUCUUUUUUUGAUGCCACCCCAAGUGGUCGAAUCCUGAAUAGAGCUUCAACAGACCAAAGUGAACUAGAUAUGAGCAUUCCAUCAUUAGUAUGGGCAGUUACCCUUAAUUUGACUCAAAUCUUGGGAAAUAUUGUUAUAAUUUCUCAAGCGGUAUGGCAGAUCUUUAUAGUAUUGAUUCCUGUAAUGGCAGCAUGCAUAUGGUACCAGCGAUACUAUUCUGCAUCUGCAAGGGAACUGGCACGAUUAGUUGGUACAUGUCAAGCUCCAGUUAUACAACAUUUUUCAGAAACAAUUUCAGGAUCAACAACCAUAAAAUGUUUUGAGCAAGAAUCAAGAUUUAAUGACAUAAAUAUGAAAUUGAUAGACAGAUAUUCCCAACCUAAAUUAUACAGUGCUGCUGCAAUUGAAUGGUUGAAUUUCAGAUUGGAUAUUUUAUCCACUCUCACAUUUGCCUUCUGUUUGGUUUUCUUGAUAUCUUUUCCAAACUCAUUUACUGCUCCAGGUGAGUACUUAAAACUGCAUACAUUUAGUAGUCAAAUUUUACUCCUUAUGACACUAAAACCUUUCAUUCCCUUUUUCACUUCAAUUUUUUGUCUUUUUCAAGGCAUUGCUGGACUGGCUGUGACAUAUGGACUUAAUCUAAACUCUCUACAGACUAACAUAAUCUGGUUUCUUUGCACUUUGGAGAACAAAAUUAUAUCUGUUGAAAGAAUACUUCAAUAUACAUCUCUCCCAAGUGAAGCUCCUCUUGUGAUUAAAGACAACCAGCCGGAAUAUUAUUGGCCAUCAUUUGGUGAGGUUCAUAUCCGGGAUCUACAGGUUCGAUAUGCUCCUCACUUGCCUGUUGUUUUACGAGGCCUUACUUGCACUUUUACUGCUGGAUCAAAAACUGGUAUUGUGGGAAGAACAGGAAGUGGAAAAACAACUCUAGUGCAAACACUUUUCCGACUUGUUGAACCUGUUGCAGGACAAAUAUUGAUAGAUAGCAUUAACAUCACUUCGAUUGGAAUUCAUGAUUUGCGGUCUAGACUAAGCAUUAUUCCUCAAGAGCCAACAAUGUUUGAAGGGACUGUAAGAAGCAACCUGGAUCCACUGGAAGAGUACACAGAUGAACAGAUUUGGCAGGCUUUAGAGAUGUGCCAACUUGGAGAUGAAGUAAGGAAAAAAGAAGGGAGACUUGACUCCAUAGUGACUGAAAAUGGAGAAAAUUGGAGCAUGGGUCAAAGGCAGUUGGUCUGCCUAGGCCGUGUUCUACUGAAGAAAAGCAAGAUCUUGGUGCUUGAUGAAGCUACUGCAUCUGUUGAUACAGCCACGGAUAAUAUUAUUCAGCAAACAGUUAAGCAUCAUUUUGCAGAAUGCACAGUCCUCACCAUUGCUCAUAGGAUAACUUCAAUCAUUGACAGUGACAUGGUUCUGUUUUUAAAUCAAGGAUUGAUUGAAGAAUAUGAUUCACCAAAGAAACUGCUUAAGAACAAAUCUUCAUCUCUUGCUCUACUGGUUGCUGAAUACACAAGGAGAUCAGAUUCUGGUUUUGGAAAUUAAAUUCAAACUGAUUUUAAAUUUUCCUCGAACCAGAUAUAUUUGUAAUAUUGCAUGCCAAAUGUCAACAAGAAACCUGAAAUAUUGCAUGGUGCAGGAGAAUAUUCUUCAAGCUUUAUAGAGAGGUUAUUAAGUGACAAAUGAUAAGACAAUACAACACAACAAGCAAGUAAGCCAAAAAGUGGACGCAGGACGCAUAUGUAACUUUUAAGAAUUGACUUGCUACUUUACCAAGCCGUAGUGCUAGCACGUAAUGAGAAUGAUAGAGUCUCAUUCUUCAAAACUCAUAUACACAACAACUCCUCUCUCUGUUUGAAAGUUCUUAACAAUUUUUAAUCUCUUCCUGCAUGAUUACAUAUAUAAAGAAAGAAAGAAAGAAAAAGGCAGUGAGGACAAGGUUUUCAUUACAAUUUCAGAGGACUAUAUGAUUCAUGAUAUGAAGUUAGACAAAUGGAAAUAAGCUAACAGAUAAAAGAACUAUCUGCAAAGGGUUUUUCUAGAGAA